AAUGAUGCUCCGUAUUUUCUCCCGAGAAUAAGGAAAGACUUUUAACAUGAAAUGGAAAAUUAUAAUAGUCCUCCUCAGUCACUUUCUCAGAACAUAAGAGAUCACACCCAGAAAUGUCUGCAACUACUACCUUGUCAUCUCCGCCUUCUUAUCUCUCUUCCCCUCUUCAGGGAAAGUUAUCGAUAUCGAACCUCCAUGUUCGAUCUAAUCUCGUUUUCAAUUUCCGACGAUCAUCAUUUCCUCAAAUUCGCGCUUCUUCUAACAAUCUCUCUUCUUCUCUUGAUUCUGGUUUAAUUACUGAACUUGAUUCGGUUUCGACCUUUAGUGAGAUUGUCCCUGAUACCGUUGUUUUUGAUGAUUUCGAAAGGUUUCCUCCUACUGCUGCUACUGUUAGCUCAUCGCUUUUGCUAGGGAUUUUGAGUCUUCCUGAUACAAUUUUCAAGAGUGCAGUUGAUACUGCUUUGGCUGACUCUGAGUGUGCUACUAUUGACAAGCCAGAUGCUCGAUUGCCAUGUUUCCUCAACAAGGCAUUGGUAAACGUUGGUGCUGAUUUGUCUAAGCUAGUACCAGGUAGGGUGUCGACUGAAGUGGAUCCUCGUCUUGCUUAUGACACUCACGGGAUAAUUCAUAGGGUGCAUGCCCUUUUGAAGUUAUACAAUGAUGUUGGUGUCCUGCCUGAGCGUUUGCUGUUUAAGAUUCCUUCAACAUGGCAGGGAAUAGAGGCUGUAAGGGUGCUUGAAUCUGAGGGCAUACAAACUCACUUGACAUUUGUUUAUAGCUUUGCUCAAGCUUCUGCGGCAGCCCAAGCGGGAGCAUCUGUGAUUCAGAUAUUUGUUGGCCGCUUAAGGGAUUGGGCACGUAAUCAUUCUGGUGACUCUGAGAUUGAUGCUGCUGUUAAAAGAGGGGAAGAUCCUGGGUUGGCUUUGGUAACUAAAACAUACAAUUAUAUCCAUAAAUAUGGCCACAAAUCAAAGCUAAUGGCAGCAGCAGUUCGCAACAAGCAGGACCUAUAUAGUCUCCUUGGGGUAGACUACAUAAUAGCACCUUUAAAGGUGUUACAGUCACUCAAAGAAACUAUAACCUCUCCUGAUGAGAAAUAUGCUUACAUGAGGAGGCUUUCCCCACAAUCUGCGGCUACCUAUGAGUUCAGCAAAGAAGAGCUUGUGAAGUGGGACCAAAGAAGUUUAGCAGCAGCAAUGGGACCUGCUUCAGUGGAGCUUCUUACCGCUGGUAUCGAUGGCUACACAAAUCAAGCAAACCGAGUCGAGGAAUUAUUCGGAAAGAUUUGGCCACCCCCGAACGUGUGAAAAUUUGUUGUGUUGGUUCGCAAGUGAAGAUUGAUCCUCACUUUGAGUCGAGUGGAAUGAUGCAUUCACCUCGCAACUUGGUUAUUUUUCUAACUUCUGGCAAAAUAGGUUGCCCCCUUGCUUUUUCUUCGGCUUAGAUAUGGCAUGUAAGCUUUGAUAACAAAUUGUUAUAUCUUUUCUAGACCUGAAGAUGUCUUUAAAGUUUAUAUCAGUGGAUCUGUAUCUUUGUGCUUUAGGAAGGGGGUAUGUUACUUUUGGACAAUUGUGGAUUAUGUUCGACAUAUAACGAUGGCAUAUUGCUUCGUCUCUAGGCUCUUGCAUCCAUUAAUUAACGUGUGAUUUAGUAAUAAAUUUCAACUUAAUAUAA